UCAAACGGAACGGUACAGACUCGGGCGCUGCACACACUCCAAAGAUCUGGAGAAACUGUGGGACCCCGGGAAUCGGAAUACUUCUCAGUGUCUGUGACUGUGCCUGUGCCUGUGUUCGUGCGUGUGUUUAUGGAAUGCAAAACAAUUAAAAGUAGUCUCAACCUACCCGCGCGGCACUCCGAGGCAGAGAUCGGUUUGGGUUGCAUCUGGCAGUGGAGUUAAUUAGCCAAAGCCAAGAGAAACUCAUUGAAGUUCCAUUAAACAAAUUGCGCUGGACGAACGCAGCGUACUGACUGGGGUAUUUCGAUUUAUGGUUUCACUUUGUGACAUUCAAACGGUUCUUAACUAUUAAUUGACCUCCCCAGGAGGGGUCAAUAGAUACAAAGUUAGAUUCUGUCUGCGCGUUUCGGGGAAAGAAAGAAAGAAAGCGAAUCGACAGAUGCCACAGAACGUCAUGGCUGACAACGUGAAUGAUGCCCCGACACAAGGGGAGGAUGAUUCCACCUCCAACACAACGAAAAAGGGCAAGGGCAAGGGCAAAAAGACCAAAAAGGAAGCCCAUCCAAUGGUCAGCUACACGCAACUCUUUCGCUACAUCAAGCCCUGGGAUUAUGUCCUGUUUGUGUCCGCAUUGAUAGCAGCCCUGCUGCAAUCGCUGGUCUAUCCGAUUGCCAUUGUGGUGUACAGCGAACUGGUGGCCAUGUUCAUCGAUCGCACACUGGGGCAGGGCACGAGCUCCAUCACCAUCGGACUCUCGCUCUUUGGCGGCGGCAAGGUGCUCACCAAUGCCACGUACGAGGAGAACAUGGAGGAACUGCGCAAGGAUAGCAUCUCCUUUGGCAUCCUCAUGACCCUGAACACCCUGCUGAUGCUCUUCUCCGGCAUGUACUACGUGGAUGCCUUCAAUCGUCUCGCUCUGCGGCUCACCGUGCGCAUGAGAAGGGAAUUCUUCAAGGCCACACUGCGCCAGGAGAUUGGCUGGCACGACAUGGCCAAGGAUCAGAACUUUGCAGUUCGCAUAACAGACAACAUGGAAAAGAUACGCAGUGGCAUAGCCGAGAAUCUGGGCCACUAUAUGGAGAUCCUCUGCGAGGUGCUCAUCAGCGUUGUCCUGUCCUUUGUCUAUGGCUGGAAGCUGGCUCUGUCGAUAGUCUUUUACAUACCCCUGACUCUAGUGGUAAAUGCUGCGGUGGCACAUUACCAAGGAAAACUCACAGCGAAAGAGCAAAGCUCCUAUGUGCGUGCCAGUUCUGUUGUGGAGGAAGUCAUUGGCGCCAUACGCACGGUGGUGGCCUUUGGGGGCGAGAAAACCGAGUCCGUGCGCUAUGAUAAUCUCCUGAAGCCCGCGCUGAAGGCGGGCAAGUGGAAGGGCGCCUUCUCGGGGCUCAGCGAUACGGUGAUGAAGGCCAUGAUGUUCAUCACCGGUGCGGGUGCCUUCUGGUAUGGCGCCAAUUUGAUUCUCUUCUACAGGGAUCCCGCCAUUCCCAUCGAGGAUCGGGAGUACACGCCCGCGGUGGUGAUGAUCGUCAUUUCGGGCAUCAUUGUGAGCGCCAAUCAGAUCUCCCGCACCUCCCCCUUCCUGGAGACAUUCGCCAUGGCCCGGGGUUCAGCGGCGGCCAUUUUCGAGGUCAUCGAUCGGCGUUCCCGAAUUGAUCCGCUCUCCAAGGCGGGCAAGAUCCUGAACUACGGGCUUAAGGGCGCCGUGGAGUUCCGGGAUGUGUUCUUUCGUUAUCCUGCCCGGGAGGAUGUCAUUGUCCUGCGAGGACUCAAUGUCGUCGUGGAGGAGGGGCAGACGGUGGCCUUUGUUGGGCCCUCGGGCUGUGGCAAGUCCACGUGCAUCCAGCUGCUGCAGCGCUUCUACGAUCCCAUCUUCGGGCAGGUCCUUCUCGAUGGCGAGGAUGUCCGCAAAUACAACAUCCAGUGGCUGCGCUCCAACAUCGCGGUGGUGGGACAGGAGCCGGUGCUCUUUCAGGGCUCCAUAGGGGAGAACAUUCGCCACGGAAAGCCAGAGGCCACCCAAAAGGAGGUGGAAGAAGCCGCCAAAGCUGCCAAUGCCCAUGAUUUCAUUGUGGCACUCCACAAGGGCUACGACACAAACAUCAGCGAAAAGGGCGUCCAACUGUCGGGCGGACAGCGACAGCGGAUUGCCAUUGCCCGCGCCCUCAUUCAGCAGCCAAAGAUUCUGCUGCUGGAUGAGGCCACCUCCGCCUUGGACUACCACUCGGAGAAGCUCGUGCAGGAUGCGCUCGAUAAGGCCUGCAAGGGGCGCACCACUCUGGUCGUCUCCCAUCGCCUCUCUGCCAUCCGCCACGCCCAUCGCAUCGUGUACAUCGAGGCGGGCAAGGCGGUGGAGCAGGGCACACACGAGGAGCUAAUGAAAAUGGAAGGAUUCUACCACAAAAUGGUAACCGUUCACUCCUACGAUGACUCGGCAGAGGAACUGCUCAACGAAAUGGAAGAGGUGGCCGCCAGCCCGAAGAAGGAACGAAAGAUCUCCUCGUACAAUGUGGAGCCAUCGGCGCUGGAGAAGAAUGCCGCCUCCCAGGAGCAAUUCCAAAUGAAACGUCUAAAUGGUGAUGCGCCACAGAACACGAACCAUGAGGAUGUGGAGACAGAGGAUCCUGCAACGAGUGGGAACUACAUUCGCACCUUUUUCCGCAUCGUCGUUUCCGCUCGUCCCGAGUGGAGUUUCCUCAUCAUAGGCGCCAUUUGUGCGGGCAUCUUUGGCCUCACGAUGCCCGUCUUCUCCAUUGUCCUGGCCGAACUCUAUGGCUCCCUGGCGAAGCCCACAGAUGAGGAGGUUCUCGAUCAGAGCUCCUCCAUGGCCAUCAUUUCGCUGGUGAUUGGCAUUGCCGCUGGCAUUGUUUGCUUCAUUCAAACGUUUUUCUUCAAUCUGGCAGGGGUUUGGCUUACAAUGAGAAUGCGCUCCAAAACAUUCAGCAGCAUCAUGCACCAGGAGAUGGGCUGGUUCGAUCGCAAGGACAACAGCAUUGGUGCCCUUUCGGCGCGGCUUUCGGGCGAUGCCGCCAGUGUCCAGGGCGCCAUUGGCUUUCCGCUGAGCAACAUCAUCCAGGCGCUGACGAACUUCAUCUGCAGCAUUGCCAUUGCUUUUCCCUACUCCUGGGAGCUGGCUUUGAUCUGCCUGAGCACUGCCCCCUUUAUGAUUGCCUCCAUUGUGUUCGAGGCUCGCUUUGGCGAGAAGUCUGCGUUGAAGGAGAAGGAUGUCCUGGAGGAGACGAGUCGCAUAGCCACGGAGACCAUUGCACAGAUCAGAACUGUUGCUGGACUGCGUCGCGAGGAGGCGCUCAUUCAGAUCUACGACAAGGAGGUGGAACGUUAUCGCGUGCAGAUCCUGCAUCGCCUCAAGUGGCGAGGACUUGUCAAUUCUCUGGGCAAAUCUCUCAUGUUCUUUGGCUAUGCGGUGACCCUGACCUACGGCGGACACAUGUGCGCCGAUGGAAAGAUCAAAUUCGAGACGAUUAUGAAGAUCUCCAAUACCAUGCUCUAUGGCCUCUUUAUCCUCGCCCAAUCGCUGGCCUUCACCCCCGCCUUCAAUGCGGCUCUGCUCUCCGCCAAUCGCAUGUACGAGAUCAUCGAUCGCAAGCCGCAAAUCCAGUCCCCCGAUCCUGCGAUUGGAUCCCUGCUGCAGAAUGGCAAUGGAUCGAUGCACAAGACAAAUGUGGGGGUGCAGCAGGGCGUCUGCUAUCGUGGCCUUCAAUUUGCGUAUCCCUCGAGGCCGCAUCUCAAGGUCCUGCAGGACUUUAAUCUGGACAUACAACAGGGACAAACGGUGGCCCUUGUGGGUGCCUCGGGAUCGGGCAAAUCCACCUGCGUGCAGCUCCUUUUGCGCUACUACGAUCCCGACGAGGGCAAGAUUCUCAUUGAUCAGGAGAGCAUCCAUCAGGAUAUGGAGCUGAAGACACUCCGUCGUCGUCUGGGACUCGUCUCGCAGGAGCCUUCGCUCUUCGAGAAAUCCAUUGCCGAGAACAUUGGCUAUGGGGACACCACCCGGAAGAUUCCCAUGCAGCAGAUCAUCGAUGCCGCCAAGAUGGCCAAUGCCCACGAGUUUAUCAUGUCCCUGCCCGCCCAAUACGACACUGUUCUGGGGUCAAAGGGCACCCAGCUGUCGGGCGGACAGAAGCAACGGAUAGCCAUUGCCCGUGCGAUGGUUAGGAAUCCAAAGAUCCUGCUCCUGGAUGAGGCUACCUCUGCCCUGGACUUUCAAAGUGAAAGGGUGGUGCAACAGGCCCUUGAUUCCGCUUGCAGCGGUCGCACUUGCAUUGUGAUUGCCCAUCGUUUGUCCACCAUUCAAAAUGCGAGCGUCAUUUGUGUGAUUCAAGCGGGACGCAUUGUGGAGCAGGGCUCCCAUUCCCAGCUGCUGGCCAAGAAUGGCAUCUACUCGAAGCUGUAUCGCAGCCAGACGAAGGCAUCUUGAAGAUACUUUCUACGCACACAAGUAUGCAGCAGUCAAUAGAGAAUGCGAAUUCUUCUUAGCCGCCUAGCAUGGACGCAAACCACAAAGGC